AUGCCGCACAGCCCCCACCUGAGUGUCAAACUGUCCAGAGCCACACAGGAGAAGUAUGAAACUUUCAAAAUCCAAAAAGGAGGACCAGGAACUUUUUAUCCUUUUGCCUUCACUGACAUCAUGGGCCUUGAGAAGGACACAGGAGCUAUGGUGGAAGACAUCAUACUGGCAAUGAAUGGGCACGUGAAGGAUGGUUACACGUUCAAUCCUCAAUCUUCGUUAUCCAUACAUGAUCUAUGGUACAACAAGGAGCCCACUCUAAAUGACAAAGUUCAUGUUUUAGUGUCUGUGAUCGAUGCCAACAAAAUAAAACUCAUGAGUGAUGAUAUAAUAAAACAGAUGAGAACUGUCAGACUUGCAGCCAGUGACAUGGGAAUUCCCCAAAUGGCAAUUCUCACCAAAAUUGAUGAAGCCUGUCCAGAAGAGUGCCGCCUCAGCUGA